GACUUUCGUCUGCUUCUACGAUAAUUACUCACUUGAGAGUUUUCUGCUUGCAUCGCGAUUGUCAUUCUACCGAUACAGACGCUGCCGCCCGCUCAAUCUUGUUGCUUCGCUCGCGGUCCUUUGUUCGGCUUGACCUCAAUUGGACGUUCAUCAGCAAAUCAUGACGCGUCCCUAUUACAAAAAUCCUGUCCUUGCCGACUACAAUGAGGAUAUAGAUCAGGCUCUGCGAGAUGACACUUUCCCAGGACGUCUUUCACUUCUAACAGCUCCAGAGACCCGCUGUCCCGACUCACCUGGGCAGCGCCCGACGACGGAACAUAGAUAUGUCACCCUAGUGAACAGAGUCAUACGUAGUCAGUGGCCAGGGGCAGAGUUGGCUGCCUAUGAGGUAGACAAGAUGAUGUCAAAUUAUCUGUACCAAUACCCCAUGCGCAAAUGGGUCAUCGACCCCAAACAUGCCGAACUUGCGUACGACACGUUCCUUGCAAGAGAAAGUCUCCGCAGACAGGGUCGCUCCAUUUAUGACGAGAACCAACCUCACUCCCCGUGGUCUAGAGAAAUAUCAGCCUCGGCUAUCCAACAUGCGCGCAUCAACAGUGCGCCCCCUCUGCCCGGAACAGAUGCUCUUGAUACUGCAGCCAGCUCCAGGCCCGACCCUCUCGAGCCUACAGGGGAGAACCCUUAUGCCGACCUUGACACGGAGGUGGUCUCUCCACGCUUCAAGAAGGAAGACUCGAUACUCAAAGCACCCCCUCAGGAUGAAGAUAGUAACUAUGAGAAACCCUUUACCGCUGACGGGCUUUCUCAGAACGUGGACGGCUCCGAACCUCAACAUAUGCUGAACCAGACUGUGAGCACAUCUUCAGGAGAGCGAUCAGAAACUCGCGAGUCGUCAUCCGAGGCAGGGUUUGGAAGUGAUAACAGAUCUGCUACUAUCGAUGAAAUUCCUCCAUACAUGGGAAACCCUAAGCCCAAAUGUCUGUUGGAAGCACUUGCCCGCACAAAAACACGGCGGGAAAGGAGUAUUGACGAGUUUCCUUGGCGCCAGACUUGGGCGAAGAAUGCCCCGACACAUUGGGAUGAUACAAUCUAUCCAGGAGAGCGUCUCAAGGAACUGAAAUCAGUGCAUGAGCAAAAUGAAUUCUUGGCGCUGGAGUAUGGAGCAUUCGACAGCACAAACUACAGGAAGAAAAAGCAACCCUCGCAUCUCAAGACCGGUUACCACAGUCUUCAGUUCCGCGAUCAAGGAUUCAGAUACAAAUACAAAGAUCUGAUCGACUUCGAAAGUGCUAGAAAAGCAAUCAAAGCCAUCCUCAGCCAUCAUCCAAACAUGUCUCAAGGAGCCCUCGAGCGGUUGUCUGAAAUCGAGAUCUACUAUGGCUCCAAGCAUUCAGGAACAGGACUCAAGCCUUUCUACUUCUCGCUUCUAGAUUCAGUCCGCACCCGCAUCCAGAUAUCAUCGAGCGAGAUUUUUUCACUCGUCGAAGCUCGACGUAUUAUCGACUUCGCCCCUGAUUUACUAUCUAGAAUCACCCUCCUGCGAGUACUCGCUGUAGGGGAUGGCAUCCUUGACGAAUUCGAUCUUCGUCACCGUCUGAUGCUGAAUGGCAACUACGUCAAUCUUGAGAAUUUGCGCAAGCGUUUGGAAAACGCUCUUGGUAUCGAGAUGCAUCACUACAUCAACAAGAAAGACAUGAAGUCAGUUGCGGAGGUCAAAAAGUGGUCUGAUGUGAAUCAUCGCCACUUCCAGGAAUUCCAAGAGUUUUAGAAGGUCCGAGGUCUUGUAUCCUGUGAGACGCAGAAAGAAAGAAAGGUCACUGGGUUCGAAAAGUUGGGAGAGAAACCGGUGAUGCAGGAGGCCGAAGCAGAG